AUGGCCGGCCUUCCUUGGUCUACGGUCUAUAUCGGGAUCGCGGCCUACACGAUCACUCGGUCGACUGUGGGAAUGUUCUUUCUACUCUCCUUCGUCGCAACCGUGGCCAAGUUGUUUUACAAGCUGGUCUUGUAUCCAGAGUAUUUUUCUUCCAUUGGUCAUAUCCCAACGCCUCCGCACCGAUCAUGGCUCACGGGAAAUUCGAGCUCGUUCUUCAUCGAGUCGCCGUUCGACGAGAUGCGCAAAUGGGUCGAGACUAUCCCAAAUAACGGCUUGAUCCGCUACUAUAUCGCCGGAAACCUGGAACGGGUGCUCCUGACUAACCCCAAGUCUUUGAGCGAGUUGCUGGCGCACAAGGUGUACGAGUUCCCGAAGCCGGAAAUCAUCCGGGCCAGUUUCGCACGCGUCACGGGUGAGCAUGGCUUGUUGUUGGUUGAGGGUGAAGAACAUAAGAGACAAAGAAAGAACCUUAUGCCGGCAUUUGCCUACCGCCACAUCAAAGAAAUCUACCCCAUCUUCUGGGCCAAAAGUAUCGAGAUGGCCAAAGGCAUCGAGCAUGACCUGAAGAACCGCGCCGACCCGACGGAUAACGUCGUCUGCAUUGGCACCUGGUCCACUCGAGCUACGCUGGAUAUCAUCGGAGUAGCGGGAAUGGACCACGACUUCGAGGCCCUCCGCAGCCCCAACAACGAGCUCCAGAAACAAUACCAGAAGAUCAUGUCUGACCCUCCCCUCAGCAUGAAACUGCUAUACGUCCUCGCGAUGAUGAUCGGAAGCCUCCGCUGGCUCAACAAGCUCCCUGUGAAACGCAACGACGACAUCAUGAGCGCCUCCGAGGUGAUCCGCAGUGUCGCACGCCAAAUGAUUCGCGAGAAGCAGCAAAAGCUCGACUCCAACACCGGCGCCACCGGCGUCGACAUUCUCUCCGUCGCCCUCCGAAGCGGCACCUUCACCGAAGAAGAGCUCAUCGACCAGAUGAUGACCUUCCUGGGCGCCGGGCACGAAACCACCUCCACCGCCCUGCAAUGGGUCAUCUACGCCCUCUGCAAGCACCCAGACGUCCAGGCCCGUCUCCGCGACGAAGUCCGCUCCAGCCUCCCCUCCAUUUCAACCGAUCACCCGGAGCCCUUAUCCGCCAGCACUCUCGACGCGCUCCCCUACCUCAGCGCCGUGUGCAACGAGGUCAUGCGCUUCUACCCCUCAGUGCCCUCCACCGUCCGCGUCGCCGACCGCGACACCACCCUCGUCAACACACACAUCCCCAAGGGCACGCUCUUCAACGUCGCUGCCACCGUCAUCAACCGCAACAAGGAGCUCUGGGGCGCCGACGCCGACCAGUUCAACCCGGAGCGGUGGCUGGGUCCGGGCCGCGCCAACACCGGCGGCGCGACGAACAACUACGCCUAUCUGACCUUCCUGCACGGUCCGCGCAGCUGCAUCGGUCAGGGCUUCGCGAAGGCGGAGCUAGCAUGUCUGGUGGCGUCUUUGGUGGGUCGAUUCGAGAUGGUGUUUGCGGACCCAGGAAAGAAGUUAGAGGUGAGGCAAGGUGCGACGAUUUGUCCGAAGGAUGGGGUUUUGGUGAAGAUGAGUGUUUUGGAGGGGUGGUAA